AUGGUGACGGCGGCCGUGUCUGAGGAAGCACCCCCCGGCGGCUACCAGUUCGAGCUCAUCCACGUUGACGCCCAUGGCAACUUUACCAGAGAGGAGCUCAUCCACCGUGCCCUGAGCAGAGCCCACCUGAGAGCGGCGAUGCUAUCGGGAGCCAAAGACAAGGACGUCGACGCCAACUCUGCUGCCGUUUCCGGGUCAUUCUCAGUCCCGGUCCAGUAUAGCCCCAAGACGUACAUGAUGGAGCUCAAGCUGGGCAGCACGGUGCCGGAGACGACGAUGCUGGCCGUGGCCGACACCGGCAGCGAUCUCAUCUGGACGAACCAGCUGAAGGAGUGCAUUGGCAACCCCUCCUUCACCCCCACCAACAUGUCCUGUGCCGAGGCCUGUAGCGCUGUGAAGAAGCAGUGCACCACCUGCAUGUUCGACAAGACGUACGGCGGCGGCACUAUAACAGUGCUCACAGGCACGGAGACGGUGGCCAUGACCACCGGCGCCGGUACCACUAAGAAGAAGGAGGUCGCCUUGGCGUGCGCCAUCGACUGGACCAAGAAGAUGCUGCCGGUGGCCGCGCACGGGAUCGUAGGGCUCAGCCGGGGGCCCAUGUCGCUGGUGAAGCAGCUGGGGGUCACCGAGUUCUCCUACUGCCUGAGAGACCCGCUUAAUUCGUCGAUGAGAAGCCCGCUUUGGUUUGGCGGCAACGCCCAGUCUGCUGCCGGCGGCAAGGACGGCUGGCGGACCACGCCGCUGGUCGAGAUCUCGACGGAGCACAGCAAGCUGCCGGAGUGGGCCAAGAACGACUACUACGUGGAGCUGGACCAGAUAUGCAUAAAUGGUAAGUGCAGCGGGCAGCUCCCACAACAGGACUUCAGCCUUAAACCAAGCCAUGGCGGCAAGGGGCUGAUGCUGGUGGAUUCGGGCAGCACCUACAUGCACCUGGACACCAAUAUCUUCGAGGCGCUCAAGAGCGUCAUGCGUGAGGCGCUGGGUGUCAAUGUGGUCACCAAGGUAAUCACCAAGGGCAAGAGCGAAAUGAACUGUUUCGACGAGACUCCCACUAGUAAGCCAGAUCUGGUGCUCAAGUUCCCCAAAGCCGACAUGAGCAUACCCUGGGCAAGCUAUGUGGAGAAGGGUGAGCAUGGUUUCUGUUUAUACAUUCUGAAAGGCACGUCGAUCCUGGGGAACUUCCAACAGCACAACGUAUCCAUGCUUUAUGACCUCGACAAAAAGGAGCUGUCAUUUAAGAGGGUUGAGGACUGCACAGCAUAA